AUGAACCUUAACACGAGCAGUAACUUGGAGACUCGUUCUCUUCUUAAUGAGAUUUGUAACUUUGAUAAGAAGGGUCUCUUUGAUCUUGGACACCCUCUUCUCAACCGCAUCGCUGAGAGCUUCGUCAAAGCUGCUGGAAUAGGAGCGGUUCAAGCUGUGUCUCGUGAGGCUUAUUUUACAGCCAUUGAAGGUACCGGUGUGGAUAACAGUGGCGGUUUGCCAACAGAAAUAUCAGGCGCCAAAAAAAAUUGUUUGCCUGGUCUAAGAGGAGAGACAAGUAGCAAAUCUGUUGAGGCCUUGGUGAAGAAAACCGGCAAGGAGUCCUUACAAUGGGGAGUGGCUGCAGGAAUAUAUUCAGGUCUCACAUAUGGGCUGAAGGAAGCUCGUGGAGCUCAUGACUGGAAAAACAGUGCAGUUGCGGGAGCAAUCACUGGAGCAACGCUUGCACUUACAUUGGAAAACUCCACUCACGAACAGAUUGUGCAAUGCGCUAUCACUGGAGCUGCUAUCUCCACUGCAGCAAAUCUUCUCACUGGGAUUUUCUAA